ACUAGUCCCACCCAUUCACACUGAAGUUAUAAGAAGUGUUGCCCCAAAUGCUUUUUGAAUGAGGGCACCUAAUCAGUGCUGGGUUUCUCAAAAGCUUCUUAACACAAAGCCAAUUCUUAAAUGGUAGAGCAAGCAUCACACUGAACACUCUCUCUACCAGUUAAGAUGAUCUUAGCACUGAGAUGCUUUUGGGAAAUUGAACCCAGAACAGUAACUAAAACAGCCUGACACGUUAGAGAGGUUGGAAUAUGAUCAUGUAAAAAUAAAAAAAAUACUGUUUUUGGUACAUACAAGCAUAGAACUGUUUAAAAUGGUAAAAAAAAGAAAAUAAAACAAAAACGUAGGAUUUGCCUGCUUCUAAAGAAUUGUGCAAGUGGUGGUAACUGAUAAGGGGACCAGCGCUAAAAUCCAUUGUCCCAAAAACAUUAUAUCUCUGCUUGACGCAUUUCUAAAUGGCCAGUACCCCAGAUUGCAUGUGUGGACUUUAUUUUGCAUAUAACCUCACCAUUUUAGAAAGCACCUAAUGAUAAGGCUGCAGUUUGAUUAGGCUAUCUGCUAAAAAUAGCUCACGGCCUUGAAGAAGUGGAGCUGUCCUGGGGAUUUCACUAAUCCCUCUGGAAGCAAGAGGCCAUCUGUAAACCACCACCCUCCACCAGCCCAGUCAGUUACUCCCAGUGUGAGCUUUGUGUCUGUAAUUUAAAAGGUUUGACAUCUUCAGCACAUUAAACUCUAUUUUUCCAUGCUUCUCUGGACUUAGAGCGGUCUGGCAGCAGGUGGCAGGUUGGAGCAGAUUUGAAGAGCUUUGAAGGACCAGAGCAGUUCCAAUGGUGAGUCAGUUCUGCUUUAUAGUAAAGAUGUCAUGGUAACAGUUAUAUGAUUCAUAAGAUAUGCAGAAGUUAACACGUUGUUUCAAAGUGCUGAUAUCAUUCCUUCCUGUUUUUUCACACAAGAGUGUGAUGUACUAUGCAAAACUCUAUACCUGUUCAUAUAAGUGAACUAAGCUACAAAAACCUGUUUUGGAGUCAUAGUGGUUGUGAUGUCACCCAUUCACGUUGUUUCUUCAGACACUCCCCUGCUAGAAAAACCAGCAUAGACCAGCACGGCCUGGUCACCAGCAAAACCAGUGUAUGUUGUGUUUUUGAUGCUGGUAUGCUGUUCAUACUAGGUGACCAGCAAAAAGAGCACCAGACCAGCAUCGAAUGCACGCUGUGCCUGUGGCAGAAUUAUUGGAAUGGAAGACGUGGAGUAAAAGUUUGUGGCUAAAGUGAAAUUUUGACUUAAGAAGUGGUCAGUCAAUCAAAACAGAGGUCAUUUAUAUAUUUCAGUCAUAGAAGCCCAGUUAGAAAAACAGUAUGUUUAAUUCUGAGCAAUAAAGAGAGGCUGAAUAAUGGAUAUAUGUUUUUUUUUUACAACUGCUUUUGGUACCAUUACUGUUCUGCAUCAGGCAUCACCGGAGCCGUCCAUGUGGCAGAAGGUCCAGCUGUUUUACCAGUGGAUUUUAGAAAACGGAGAUAAGAGAACAGAAGGAUGGUUGUUGGUCUACUCGCCCGUGCCAGUCAGCUGUGUCUUCCUCUCCUACCUGCUGAUCAUGUGGAUGGGCCCGAGGCUGAUGGCCCACAGGCAGCCGGUCAACAUCAGAGCGCUCCUUAUCGCUUACUAUUUGGCCAUGGUGUGCCUUUCUGCUUACACCCUCUAUGAGUUCACAGCGUCCUCCUGGUUGGCGGGAUAUAACUUGUUUUGCCAGCCUGUUGACUACAGUGAAAGCCCAUUAGCAAUGCGGAUGGCAAACGUGUGCUGGUGGUUUUACCUCUCCAAAGUCAUUGAGCUCAGUGAUACUAUAUUUAUCAUCCUGUGGAAGAGGAACAGUCAGCUGACCUUUCUGCAUGUCUACCAUCAUGGAUGCAUGAUUUUUAACUGGUGGGCCAGGGUGAAGUAUGUUGCAGGGGGGCAGUCGUUCCUUAUUGGUCUCAUUAACUCUCUGGUCCACAUGCUGAUGUACCUGUAUUAUGGCCUUGCUGCACUGAGUCCACACAUGCACAAACACCUGUGGUGGAAACGCUGCCUGACCUUCAUGCAACUGCUCCAGUUCUUUAUUGUGACUGUGCACGCUGCAUACGGCCUCUACACGGACUGCAACUUCCCCCUCUCGAUGGACAUGCUGGUGCUUGGCUACGCUCUCAGCCUAACAGCUCUGUUCACCAGAUUCUGCUACCAAAACUACCUCAGCAACAAGACCAAGAAGAUGUGACU